AUGGAGUCGAGCAGGCACAGCCCCGCACGCAAGCUCUCUCAGGGCACAUGCCUAUCACAAGGCUUUGCCUUGGCAGACACGUCGCGUGACGUGCUGCUGACCAGCCUGGGCCUCCUGAGCGCCUACGACCUUGCCCAGGUCACCAAAUGCUCGCGGCUUUUCAUGCUGCUUUCCCUCGACGCCUCGCGACGGCCUUCCCUGGUUGCUGCCAUGGGCUCCCCUGAGGAGGUGGCACGGAGCUUGCGGCAGCGCCUCAUGGCGCGGCCCUCCCUGGGUUUCCUCUUCGGCCCGGGAGAUCCCAAGGACGCCCGCGUGGCCAAGCUUCUGGAUGGCCUUCCGCCAGAAUGCCAAGUUGUAGGUGCUGCCACAGGUCUCGCCCAGGCCCUUGUGGCGCCCGGAAACAACACCGAAGAGACAGUGAUGAGGGACCAGGAGAUUAGCCGUGAGCUCGAGCUCUCGCUGAUGCUCGGCGCCUUCCCUGCCGCCGUGUCGCAUGCCUUCUACGUGCCACCAAAGAUCUGUCAGGCCACAGCCCAGCUAGAAGGGCCGGAACUCGCUGAGCUCCUCGCAGAGUGCGGGGUGCCUGAAGGGCCCGAGUGGGGGACGAUAGUCAUCAUCCUCGGCGGACGCUACCAGCUCCGCAACUUCGACCCCGAGCGCUUCGUCGCGCUUCUUCAGCAGCGCUGCCCAAAAGCUGGCAUCAUCGGAGGCAUCGUCACCGAUCCCCUCCUCCUCCGCCGAUGCGGGCGCCUGCAAGAGCACCGGAGCGGAGCCGUCGGGCUGGCUUUGCGGGGCGACGUGCCGCUCACCGCCAUGGUCUCCCGUGGAUGCAAGGCCAUCUUCCGUGGCCUCCACACGGGCCAGGAGGCGGAGAUGGAGCCCGGGGACGAAGAGGAUCCGACAGAGCCCGAGAAUUACCUAGUCGUGCCCACCCUGGUGGAUUCUGUCGGCGCGCGACACGAGCCUUUGGGCCUGGCAAUCGAAGCCCAGCAGAAACAUGGCGGCCUGCCACUUUACGCCGGGCUGCGACCACGGGGUCAAGAACAAGGCUUCCUCCUGGAGCAGCUGGGCCAGGCCUCCUUCAGCGCGGGUGGCAAAAUGCGGUUGCCUUUUGACGCAACGUUGCAGGCCCAAUGCGGCGCCAAUCCCGAUUGCGAGGUGGGGCUCUUCCAGCUGAACCCGGACACCUGCCUCGAGGACCUGCGGCGGCAUCUGGGCCACGUGCGAAAGAACUGCGAGGAGCGUCAGGAAGAGAUCCUGGGCGCCGUGAUGUUCACCUGCUGCGGGCGCCGCUCACAGUUCUUCGACGAGGACUUUCAGGACCUCAGUCACUUCAAGGCAGCUUUCCCCCGGAAGCCCUUACUGGGGAUAUGGGCAAACGGCGAGAUUGGGCCACAAGCAUUGGCCGAAGCGGCGCCAGAGGAGGCAACGCGAACUGGCCGAGCAGCACUCCAGGGCUUUACCGCUGUCUUUGGCAUCUUCCGGGCUCCCCUGCCGUCAGUGAGGCGUGCUGCAGCUCUUCCAGAUGAUGCGCUUCCACUGGAAGUUGGCCGUUGGCUGUCCGGGCGAGGUGAGGAGGCCCGGAAGCAGGGCGACAUCUUCCUCCAGGAGGGCGACAUCACUGCAGCCGCCUGGAACUACGCCAGGGCAAAGGCCCUGGCGGACGUGCCCAGUGCUGAGGUGCCGAAGUCUGAUCGCUGUCUCCUCCGCUGUCAGCUUUCUGCCGUGGAGUUGAAGGCCGGCCGCUUCGACAAAGCGCUGGCCCUCGCAGAGGAGGCCUUGUCCAUGGAGGAGACGAGUGAAGAGGCCCGCUGCCGCCGCUCCGAGGCACUGCUGAGCAUGGGUCGGGCCGAGGAGGUGGUGCGGGACCUGACGGCGUCAAGCAGCACGGCUCCGCGGCUUGCCGCAUUGUUGGAACAGGCAGAACAGCAAGUGCAAGCUGCUCGUGCAUGA